GCCAUGUCUUUAGCUGCUUUCCUCUACCACACUCCUCUGCUGUAAUGUUCCAUCUCACCUAGGGCCCAGAGCAAUGGAGCUGGCUGGCUGUGGACUGAGACCUGAAACCUUGUGUUCCAAAUAAACUUUUCCUCCUCUAAAAUUGGAAUAAAGUGUAUCUUGGGUGCUAAUGUGAAUGUGGACUAAGUAUAUAUCGUGGAAAAAAUAAAUUGCCUGGAAAUAAUAUUAUGAAGACUAUGAAAAUGUUCUUCAGUGUUGUCAUCAAUCUAUGAAUUUAUGUGACUAGAGACCAUUUUUCAAAACAAUGGGGGAAAGAGCAAAAAGUCCAAAUGCUGAUCAAGAAAGAAAAGCAGACAAACAACAUAGCUCUAAUUAUUCCUCUGAGUUUGGAACUACAUCCCAGUCUUCUGGUCAGUCAUCGCCAGUUAGUCCUUCUUCACCUACAGUUACUAUGGGAAAAACUUCUAAAAAACAAGCAUCAGAUAACCAAGUAUAUUACCAAUCCUCUAGGAAACCAAGCCCUAAGGGUCUACCAAACAAAAAAGGAGUCCAAGUGGGGAUUCGUUCCCAAAGCCUCAAUAGAGAACCACUUCGGAAAAAUUCUGAUAUUGUCACAAAACGGGUUCUUUCUGCAAGACUGCUAAAAAUCAAUGAGUUGCAGAAUGAAGUAUCUGAACUUCAGGUCAAGUUAGCUGAGCUGCUAAAAGAAAAUAAAGCUUUGAAAAGGCUUCAGUACAGACAGGAGAAAGCCCUGAAUAAGUUUGAAGAUGCAGAACUUGAAAUCUCACAACUUGUAGUUCGUCAUAACAAUGAAAUUACAGCACUCAAAGAACGCUUAAGAAAAUCUCAAGAGAAGGAACGAGCAACUGAAAAAAGGGUGAAAGAUGCAGAAUGUGAACUAUUUAGGACAAAAUUUUCCUUAGAGAAACUGAGAAAGAUCUCUGAAGCUAGACACCUACCUGAACGAGAUGAUUUGGCAAAGAAACUAGUUUCAGCAGAGUUAAAGUUAGAUGACACUGAGAGAAAAAUUAAGGAAUUAUCGAAAAACCUUGAGCUAAGUACUAACAGUUUUCAACGACAGUUGCUUGCUGAAAGGAAAAGGGCAUAUGAGGCUCAGGAUGAAAACAAAGUUCUUCAAAAGGAGUUACAACGACUGUAUCACAAAUUAAAAGAAAAGGAGAGAGAACUGGACAUAAAAAACAUAUAUUCUAAUCGCCUGCCAAAGUCCUUUCUAAAGAAAGAAAAAGAAAUUACACCAAGGAAGAAUGCUGCAUGCCAGAGUGAUUUUACAGACUUGUGUACAAAAGAAGUACAAACCAUUGAAGAUUGUGAGUUGGAAGAAUUACCUGUAACACCACAAACAAUGAUGAUUUGUGAAAAUAAAUGGGAGGAACCAGAAUGUCUUACUUUGGACUUGGAAUUCCAAGAGCAAGAUAAGCAUGAAGAAGCAGGGAUUCUAAAUCCAAUUGUGAACAAAGAAGAAAAAUGCAUUAAAGAUCAAGGACUGCAAAUUGCAAAACAGGAGAUAGAGAAACUAAAGAAUGAGUGGGAAAGAGAAGAACUUAAUGAAAAGCAGAAAGAGGGAGAAGAGGAGCCUGAGUUGGAGACUAGAAGCUACCAAAUGGAAAUGUAUGAACUUCAAAGUAUUGAUAAAUUGGAAGAGGAAGAAGAAGAAAGACUGAAGAGAGAAAUGCUACUUGCUAAACUGAAUGAAAUCAACAGAGAACUUCAAGAUUCUCAGAAUCUAAAAUGUCCUCUUUUGCCAUUAAUACCUGAUUUGGGAUCAAAACUGCAUUCCUCAGAGAAAAUCUCCAAAACAUACAUGUUCUCUGAAUCCUCAGAGAGAUUAUUUAAUGGGCAUCAAUUGCAAGACAUAAGUUUUUUUACUCCAAAAGGAGAGGGUCGGAAUUCAGGAACUAUUAGAAGUCAAAUCUCUCCAAAUGAGAUUGCAUUUGGUAGCUAUGUGCCUUCAUUUGCAAAAACACCAGGGAAGUCAAAUCCAUUUAGCCAAAAAAGUGGCCUUUUGGAUUUAAAAAAAAACAGUAUGGAAGACCUUAGUAAAGACAGUGCAGAUUUCAUUGCAAGAAAAGAAAAAAAAGCCAAUCUGAUGGAACAGCUAUUUGGUACUAGUGGCAGCAGUCCCAUUUCCUCUAAAAGCAGUGACCCAAAUUCUCUGGCUGCCAGCAAAGGAGACUUUGAGUCUCUAAAUUUUCUCCCUGGAGAUAAAAGCAGCAGGGGUAGAGAACAUGAUGAAGAUGAAGACUAUUUCCUUGGUGAAGGAAAAAGUUUUAAUCCAAAUAGACACCGAUUAAAACAUGCAAACAAUAAACCAGCAGUAAAAGCAGUUGAUUCUGUGGAAGAUGAAAUUGAAGAAGUAGCACUGAGAUGACUGACUAGAGUAUACAUUUUUUCAAAUUGUAAAUAUUAAAAUAUUUUAAUACAGUAUUUAUGAUAAACAUUUAGACUUUUUAAUGUUAAAAGGUCCUUAUUAAGGAAUGAUUUCAAGUAGUUAAAUACAGUAAAAAAAAAAAGGAUUUUUUUUAAAAGUACAUUAUAUCUACACAACAUAGUAGUUUGCCAGGAAUGAAGAGAGCUUUUUAGAAUGAAACCAAAAAUAUUCUCUUAUUUUAUUUUUACUUAGAAAUGUUUUACCUCUUAAACUAGCUGUAUGGGAAGUUUACUUCAUUGGAAAUUGUUUUCUACUUUUAUCCCUAUUUAUUUUGGUUAGAUUCUCAGAUAAAUAUAAUCUUCUCACUGAUUACUGAAUGAAAAUUAAGGGUGAAAAACUCUGUGGUGAGAAAGGUAGAGUCCAGGUGGUAGAAAUCUGAUGCCAUGUAGAAGCCUACCUUCUAUGGAUAGGGGUGAAGGUCCCUAUCUUAAGUGGCAAGGCUGAGUUGUUCUUGAGUGGUAACUGUGACAACAUUGGGACUUCCCAUUCCUCUGAAAGUACUCGGUUAAACACUACUCAUUUCUCAAUUACAAUAUCCUGAAAUCACUUAACUACAAUUCUGUAGCAUCUUAGGUGAAUUUCAGAAUACAGUUUCUAUGUGGACUGUUCUCCUCUGGCAUUUCUCCCCAGAGACCUGGGUACAGUGUAAUUCUACUUGUUCUCAUACAUUCUUUAUAUCUCAGUGACUGGGUGUAAGAUUUCAUAUCAAAUACAAGAAAUAGAAAAAAACUUCAUUUCAACUCAAUCUUGAGUUGAAAGAUUUUCAACUCAAUUAUGUUUACAGAAAGUAGUGUCAUUUGAAAAUUUUAAUACUUUUUAAGAUUUGAACUUCCCUCACACUGAGGAGACAAUAAUAGUAUAAUACUAAUUGGACUUACAGGACUAGUUUUAAAGCAGCCUUGGAUAAAAGGUGGGUUUUUUUGUUUUGUUUUGUUUUGUUUUUUUGGGGGGGGUGGAGAGAGCUUCUGCCCUGCAGAGUAGGUUGGAUAGUUUUCUGUAGAAAUGCAUUGGUUUUCUUUUGGUUAUUUGUAAUUCAUUUCAGCUGCAAAGGAAUAUGCUGGGUAUGAUUGGGUUUUAAUAGUAUAUCACCAUUCAAGGAGAAAACACUGUUAAAAUGAAGAUUGGAGGAAAGAGUGUGUCCAGAAGAAUAAAAACUUAAGUUUGACAGUUAUUCCAAAGUGAGCUAUUAUUUCAAGAGUUAUCUGUAUAAUUUGCUCAUAGUAUGGUUUCUGAUGCUAAGCAUGUAUACUGAUAAGGGGAAAGAAUUACUAGUGUAUCUGGAGAUGUUACAAAUGCUUAGUAGAGAAUAACAUUUUAUGACUAAUGUUUUAUGUGGUUAGGCCUCUAAUUAAAGGAUGUACCACCUAUCAUCUUAUAAAUUGUGUUCCUGUCAUUUAUUGGGAACAGAAACUCCCCAGAGUGCUAAACUGUUUUAAAAAGCUUUCUUAGAUUUUCUACAUCUGCAUUUACUACAUUGCAAAUCAUUCUAAUAUGUGUAAUAAGCAUAAUAGUAUUUAUAAUACAGUUCUUGAUAAAAUAUUAUGUAAUAAUUUUGUUUAUAACUGCUAAUUUUCUGCCAAAACUAUUCUAAUUUUUAUGUUUUAUUUUAAAAGACUUUAUAAAGGCUUUUGGGAAAGUUUUUUUAUUCAGAUUAUUCUAAUUAGCAUCUUGCUUUUUUUUCUACAUGAUAUCUGUAACCAGAUGCAAUAAGACAAUUAUUAAAAUUAAACCUAAAAUUGAGUUGUAGACUUAAAAACAUUAUGGUGUUAAAAUUGGAGAUUAAAAUGUACAGAAUAGGGUUUUUUUUUUUAAUGGACAAGUUUUAGAGUAAAUCAUUUUUCUAAAUGUCAAGUUAAAUUUAUUUGUACUCAAAACUCUUGUUAAUAAAAGUUAAAAACAUA